AUGGACGGCGCCCGGCCGCUUCAGCACGGAAAGAUUGCCUGCCGCCCAGGCUCCUGCGGGACCGUGGGUUAUCUGGCCCCCGAGAUGGAGCAAAGGGAUUACGACGAACUUGUUGAUGUCUGGAGCCUGGGAGUGGUGGGCAUUCAGCUUUUCCAUCAGACGCAUCCGUGGGCACUACCUGCGAAUCCUUUCCGCAAGGACUUCGAAGGCAAGUAUCUGCACGAGUUUCGGCGCCGAUACGACUUCUGGGCUGCGAAGCUCCGGAAUGCGCAUACGACCUCUAUACAGCACUUGUUAACGCAAAUGCUACGGCUGGGUGUCAAAAUGGACAAAGACCCAAAUCCGGGACAACGUAUCUCAGCGGAUGAAGCCCUGCGACAUGAUGUGUGGAAGAAAGACGAAGCAGACGAACAUGGGCCGCUUAAGAAAGCCAAGAUGGGAUGA